AAAAGUUUCCAUGUGGGCGGGACUUUAGUCACUGUUUUCAGUUGUAGAGAAUAAGACCUGGAAGCAUCUGCAGUUAAUAACCAUGACAACAGAACAAACCUUUAAAACCUCAUUAGACUUAACCUCUUAGUGGGGGAGUCAAACGGUGCAAAGAGUUUGUUAAAGGACAUUUGUAUUAAAAUAAUGUCUGUGCAGGUGGCCCGUCCCUUAAAAAUGAAGAGCAAAAAUAUAUUCGGUUGCUGCAGUGGACAGGAAAUUUGAAUCUAACACUUCACUGUGUUGACUGUGUGAGUCAAAGCUGCUCCUGCAUACUUUAUGAACGCUGAGUAAAAGGGAAGGAAACAGGUACAUUACAGAAUGACAGUUUUUAGUGCCUUAAAUGCAACUUCUUCUUUUGUUUUUAGUACUUUAGCGAGAGCAAAGUGCAGCUGCUCCAAUUAGCUGUGCAGCAGGUCUGGAAGUGAACAUGGGGGAAACUUUACUCUGCAGACUGGGCUUCUUUUUGUUGUGGUCCCUCUGCUGUGGAAAUCCUGAAGUGUCUGGGCCGACUGUGAACCAGCAUCCCAGCUGGCCUGUUGUAUUCAGAGGAGAGACGGUCACUCUGAGAUGUGAGAUACAGGAUGAUGAAGGAACUCAGUGGACGUAUGAAUGGAGUCCAAGCAACAGAAACUCUCCAACAUCCAAUGAAUACAAGAUCAGCAGAGUCUCUGAGUCUGACAGUAGGAGCUACAGGUGUAGGGCUAGUAAAGGCUAUCAGAGAUCAGGCUGGAGCUCUGCCUUUAAACUGACAGUGAACUCAAAUGGACCCAAAGCCUCAAUAAAAGCAAGUGCUAACAUCAUACCAGCAGGGGGCAGUGUAACACUGACCUGCUUUAUAAACAUCGGUGUUGGCUGGAAGUUUGACUGGUUCAGACUGGAGUCCAAGUCUUCUACAGCUCAGCCCAUCAGAACCAAUGAAUCGGAUGGAGUCCUCUCCAUCUCAGAGGGAGGAGAGUACAGCUGCAGAGGAGGAAGAGGAGAUCCAGUUUUCUAUACUGAAACCAGCAGAGAGGUCACUAUUCAGAAAACAGUUCCCAUUAUACCAACUGUGAUCCAACAUCCCAAUUGGGCAAAGAUCUACAGAGGAGAGAGAGUCACUCUGAGAUGUGAGAUCCAGGAUGAUGGAGGAACUCAGUGGACGUAUGAAUGGAGACCAACCAAUAGAAACUCUCCAACAUCCAGUGAAUUCAUGAUCACUGCUGAUUACAGUGGAGAUUAUAGCUGCAGAGGAAGAAGAGACAGUUUCACCUUCACAGAGUGGGGAGUCAUCACAUUAACAGUGUUCUCGUUUCCCCCUGAGCAUGUCCUCUCUGUGUCUCCAUCAUGGCCGAAUCCUGGAGCCUCAGUGACUCUGAGCUGUGAGGGUUUGGAGCUUCAAUCAGCAGGAUGGAGGUUCUUCUGGUAUAAAGCUGUUCCUGAUCCAUCCAGCAGAUACUACAGCGCUGAGCUGCUGCCUGGCAGCACCAAUGGGACUGAGCAGAACUCCUUCAUCAUUAAUGGACCGACUCACACAGCAGGAUUUGUGUGCAGAGCAGGAAGAGGAGAACCAAAGUUUUACACUGAUUACAGUGAACCAAAGUUUGUCUGGUCUGCAGACUCUCAUCCAGCAGCUUCUCUCUCAGUGAGUCCUGACAGAGUUCAACAUUUAAUUUAUCAGCCUGUCACAAUGAAAUGUGGUGGGAACGACACCAAGUGGAGAAUGAUGAUGUUUACAGAUUCAACCAGUCAAACAUACGUUCAGUGCUACAACUGGGAGAUGAUGGAUGGAUCCUCAUGUACCAUUCACACACUAGUGAUUCACAGUGGAGUUUACUGGUGUGAGUCUGGAUCUGGAGAAUUCAGCAACGCAGUCAAUAUCACUGUACAGGAUGAUUAUGAUGAUGUUAUCCUGGUGAGCCCUGUUCAUCCUGUGACUGAAGGAGAUCCUGUUACUCUGAACUGCAGAGAUAAAGAACAAAAUCUUCUCUCCAAUGUGUUUUUCUAUCACAAUGAUAAACUCAUCAAUAAUGACGGCAGAGAGGAGCUGAAUAUCUCUGCAGUAUCAAAGUCAGAUGAAGGUUUCUACAAAUGUCAACAUUCAGGAAAAGAGUCACCAAGGAGCUGGAUGUCUGUUAGAGUAACUGUAUCCAGUCCUGUCAGCUCUUCGUUUCCUGUGAUGUUGAUCGUUAGACCAGUGGUUGGAUUCAUUCUUGGUUUUCUCCUGCUGUUGAUGUUGUGCUGCAAACAGUCCAAGGGUUUAUGGUGCUUCAGGUCAGAGGUCAGCAGUCAGAGCUCGACCACAAAUCAAGGACCCAACCAGACAGAGAGCCAAGUUUACAGCUCUCUGCUACACGGUGAUGCUUCUGAAUACGAGUCAAUCCAACCAGCCACUAUGAACAGGAGUUCUGAUGACCCAGAGGACGAUUCUGUGCACAGCUGCAUAAAAACAGAAACUACAGAAACCACUGAAAGCUAAAGCAAAACGUAAAAACGGAGAGAAAAACAACAUAAAGGAAAGUGGAGCCGUGCAGCAACCGAUGGAGAAGUUUAUUCUGAAAUGAGAUCAAGAAUGCCUCUGGAUAAAAACGUUAUCACAAUGUAAAAAUGUCAGGAUUGGGUUUUCUCUGUGUUGAUUUGAGUUUUUCUGUGUGUUGGUUUUGGGUUUCUGUGUCUUGAGUCUCCGUGUUGUCCUGUCGACCCCUUGGUUGUUCCCAGGUGUGUCUCGUUCCCUGAUUACCCUCUGUGUGUUUAAUCCCACCUGUGUUCCUUGUUCCUCGUCGGGUCCUUGUCUAAUCGGUCUAGUUGUCGAGUCAAGUUUGACGUUUUGUCUCCCGUCUGUUAUUCAUUAGUUCCAGUUGUCAGCAUUAUUCUUCUGCUCAUCUGUGCUGCCUGGAUUAUUGUGUUUUUGGAUCAUUAAAUCAUUUUUCUCACCCAACAAUCUGGGUUCAUCACAUAUCCUCACCACCUUACACUGCAACACAUGACAAAAGAAAAAGGAAAAAAUCUCCUAUUUUUAUGCAUCUGUGAAGAAUUUUUACUAACAAACAUUUAAUGAAACUUGAAAACAAAAGCUAGAUAUGCGCGAAAGUUGAAACGGAUCAAUUUAAAGUUUUGUGUGGAUUCAAAGCAUGCUGUAUUAUGUGCAAAUGUCCUUUAAACUCUUUCACUUUUCAGGUGCAACGAUGUUAUUGCUGCAUUUAAAAGGACAUUUAAGUUUAAUAUUUUCACCGUGUCUGUUGAGUUUAGCAAAGGAAGCAUCUCUUAACAAUGACUUUCAUUUCUACAUUUUUGAUACAGAUGUUUUAAGCUUUGUUUAUUUUAUAUGCAUCCAUAAAAAAACAUAACUUGGAUAAAAAUAUAUUUGUAUGUUUUUCUGUUUUUAAUUUGUCUUUUUCUUAACCAUUAUAUUUCUACCAGCAAACUUUUAGUGGUGAUUUUUCUAUGCAUGACUGUCACAUCAUUGAACUUCAAUAAAACAAAAGUGACUCAA